CCAGACUGAAUUGCCCCCCCCCCCACCACCACACACAGUUUUCUGGUGGUUGCUGUUGAUGGGGCUGGCAAUGGGACUCUCAAGGGGCCUCCUAACGUCCUGUGGGCUCCUCGCUGUGCAGCUUCUUAUAAUUCCUCUUGGAGGUUCUUUUGGUGAACAGUCAUCUCCUUUUCCAAGCUUCACAGUGACAGAUACAUCUCUUACACACCUCACUGUGCAUAAACACACAGGUGAGGUCUACCUAGGUGCUGUCAACAGAGUUUACAAGCUCUCUGAGAAUCUGACUGAGCUACGUUCUCACCUAACUGGUCCAAUUGAUGAUAAUUCCAGCUGUUAUCCUCCUCCCAUUGUGCGUCAAUGUAUUCAUAAGCUUUCACCUUCUGACAAUGUGAAUAGGCUUCUGCUGAUAGACUAUACAGGCAGGAGAGUGGUUGCCUGUGGAAGUGUGUGGCAAGGGAUCUGCCAGUUCCUGAGACUAGACAAUCUGUUUAAACUUGGAGAACCUCAUCAUAGGAAGGAACAUUACCUUUCAGGUGCACGUGAGCCCGAUUCAAUGGUGGGGGUCAUUGUUGAACAAGAUCAGGAGCAGAGCAAGCUUUUUAUUGGUACCUCUAUUGAUGGAAAAUCUGAAUAUUUCCCCACUCUUUCUAGCCGUAAACUGGUACGUGAUGAAGAAAGCAUGGAGAUGUUCCGUCUGGUUCACCAUGAUGAGUUUUUGUCUUCUCAAAUUAAGGUCCCUUCUGAUACAUUAUCUCUUCAUCCCUCUUUUGACAUAUAUUACGUAUACGGCUUUGUAAGCAGUGGAUUUGUAUAUUUCCUAACACUCCAGUUGGAUACCCAACAGACUUUGCUUGACGCUACUGGUGAAAAGUUCUUUACAUCCAAAAUUGUGCGCAUGUGCUCACAAGACCCUGAGUUCUACUCCUAUGUGGAGUUCCCAAUCGGUUGCACCAAAGAUGGUGUAGAAUACAGGCUCAUCCAGAGUGCUUACUUAAGCCGCCCUGGGCCAAGGUUGGCGCAAGAGUUGGGAAUCUCUGAGGACGAAGAGGUGCUCUAUACAGUUUUUUCCCAAGGUCAAAAGAAUAGGACUAACCCUCCUCGGGAGUCUGUGCUCUGCUUAUUCACACUCAGUCAAAUAAACCAGAACAUCAAGGAGAGGAUACAGUCCUGCUACCGUGGAGAAGACAUGCUUUCGCUCCCUUGGUUGCUUAACAAAGAGAUGAAAUGCCAUAGCACGCCCAUGCGUAUCUUGGACGAUUUCUGUGGCUCAGCUCUGAAUCAGCCUAUUGGAGGUCUGCAAGUGAUUGAGGGACUCCCACUUUUCGAGGAAAAAGUAGAUGGCAUGGCCAGUGUGGCAGCUUACAACUACAAUCAGCACUCUGUAGUGUUUGUGGGUACCCGGGCUGGAACGCUUAAAAAGAUUCGGGUAGACGGACCCUCAGAUGCUGCUCUAUAUGAGAGUGUCCCAGUGGUUGCAGGCAAGCCUAUCCUACGUGAUAUGGUGUUCAGCCCAGAUGGGCAAUCUAUAUAUAUCCUGAGUGAGAAGAAGGUGAGCCGGGUUCCUGUUGAGUCCUGUCAACAAUAUGAGUCGUGUGCGUCCUGCUUGGGAUCUGGGGACCCACACUGUGGGUGGUGCGUACUUCAUAAAAAGUGCAGCAGGAAGAGUGAAUGUGAGCAAUCAGAUGAGCCUCAUCGGUUCACCAGUAACCUAGACAUGUGUGUCAAAAUGGAAGUAACUCCUAACAACGCGUCCGUCAGCGCUCCUGAGCUGCUGCUCACCAUAUCUGUGCAGAAUGUCCCUGAUCUGUCAGCAGGUGUCAUCUGCUCCUUUGAAGACUUAGCGGAAAGUGACGCUGUGCUGGAGGAGAAGAAUAUUUUCUGUUCUUCUCCAUUGCUUCGUGAGAUUCCUGCAAUCACUAACGGUCAUGGUGCGAUGCACACUAUCCAACUGCACCUCAAAUCCAAGGAGACCGGACUGACUUUUGCAAGCACCGAUUUUGUGUUCUACAACUGCAGCGUCCUCCAAUCGUGCCUUUCCUGCGUGAGCAGCCCCUUCCCAUGCCACUGGUGCAAAUACCGUCACAUGUGCACCAAUAAUGCUGGCAACUGCGCCUUUACAGAGGGACGAGUGAACGGUACUGAGGGCUGUCCAGAAAUUAUCCCCACUGGAGAGAUUCUAAUCCCUGUUGGGGUGGUUCAGCCAAUCACCCUGAAAGCUAAAAACCUCCCACAGCCUCAGUCCGGACAGAAGAAUUAUGAGUGCGUUUUCACCAUCCAGGGAAAGCAGCAGCGCGUCCCAGCUGUACGAUUCAAUAGCAGCAGCGUGCAGUGUCAGAAUACCUCGUACACUUAUGAAGGGAACGAGUCUGGAGAUCUGUCUGUUGACUUUUCUAUUGUAUGGGAUGGUCACUUUUACAUUGAUAAACCAUCCACAUUCAAAGCUCUCCUGUAUAAGUGUCCAGCUCAGCGAGAGAGCUGUGGCCUCUGUCUGAAGGCAGACCCCCGUUUUGAGUGUGGUUGGUGUGCGUCAGACGGAAGAUGCCUUUUACGUCAGUACUGCAACAACCCGAAGAGUAACUGGAUGCAUUUAAGCAAAAAGAAUACCCGAUGUAGACACCCUUUGAUUUCUGAGAUUCAGCCACUGACGGGCCCACGUGAGGGAGGUACAAGAAUCACUAUUACUGGAGCCAACUUGGGCUUACAUUUCAAUGAAGUGUUUGUGAAGGUGGCUGGCGUGCAGUGCACAUCAGUAGUCUCCCAAUACAUCAGCGCUGAGAGGAUUGUGUGUGAGAUGGAAGAAUCUCUGGUUGCUAAUCCAGCUCCCGGGGUAGUGGAGCUUUGCAUUUGGGACUGCAGUGCUGACUACAGGACACAAUCAGAGCAGCUCUAUACGUUUGUGUCCCCCAGUUUUCAUGCCGUGAGCCCUUCAAGAGGACCUGCAUCAGGUGGAACACGUCUGACCAUCAGUGGUAGAAACUUGGAUGCUGGUAGCUCCGUGUCUGUGCUGCUGAGAGAUUCAGAAUGCCAAUUUGUCAGGAGGAGUAUGUGGGAGAUUGUCUGCAUUUCACCGGCUUCGUCUCAAGGGCCCAGUCCAGCCUCCAUCACGCUAAGGAUUGACAAGUUCAGCGUGUGGAACCCAAAUAUCAGCUACCUGUACACUGAAGACCCAACCAUUGUACGGGUGGAGCCAUCUUGGAGUAUCUUCAAUGGCAGCACCGGAAUUACUGUAACCGGCACUCACCUGACAACUAUCCAGGAACCAAAAGUCAGAGCAAAAUACUAUGGUGUUGAGACUAUUAAUACUUGCCACAUAGUAAAUGAUACAUUGAUGCUGUGCAAGGCGCCUGGCAUCUACUCGCCAGCUGGGAUGCUUCCACCAGAGGAGAGUGUGCAGCCAGAUGAGUUUGGGUUUGUCCUCGAUAAUGUGACCAAUCUUCUCAUCCUGAACUCCAGCACCUUUACCUACUAUCCCGACCCAGUCCUGGAAUCAUUUGGGCCAAGCAGGACCCUCGAGAUCAAACCUGGCUCUCAUGUCAUUCUGAAGGGAAAGAACUUGCUUCCUGCUGCCCCUGGUGGAGCUAAACUGAAUUACACUGUUCUGAUUGGCGAUGUGCCCUGCUCCCUUACUGUGUCUGACACCCAACUACUGUGCGAUUCUCCCACCCAGACUGGCGAGCACCGCGUUACUAUCCUAGUGGGGGGCAUGGAGUUCUCCCCCGGCAGCUUGAGAAUAUAUGCAGACAACUCUCUCACCCUGCCAGCUAUCGUGGGUAUUGGUGCUGGGGGUGGCAUACUUUUACUUGCCAUCAUAGCUGUGCUCAUCGCGUACAAGAGAAAAACGCGGGACGCUGACCGCACGCUGAAGAGGCUACAAAUGCAGAUGGACAAUUUAGAGUCACGUGUAGCUUUGGAAUGCAAAGAAGCAUUUGCUGAACUUCAGACAGACAUUAAUGAGCUGACCAAUAAUAUGGACGGUGUGAAGAUCCCAUUUCUGGAAUAUAAAACGUAUGCAAUGCGGGUUUUGUUUCCUGGUAUAGAGGAUCACCCAGUGUUAAAGGAACAAGAUAUCCCACCCAAUGUGGAAAAGGCCCUACGCCUUUUUGGGCAGCUACUUAACAACAAGAACUUUUUGCUCCUGUUUAUUCAUACUUUGGAGUCUCAGAGAAGCUUCUCCAUGCGGGACCGUGGCAACGUUGCUUCUCUCACUAUGGUGACAUUGCAAGGACGUAUGGAAUAUGCCACUGUACUGCUUAAACAGCUUCUCAGUGACCUAAUUGAGAAAAACUUGGAGAGCAAAAAUCACCCUAAGCUACUAUUGCGCAGGACAGAGUCUGUGGCAGAGAAGAUGUUAACAAACUGGUUCACAUUCCUUCUGUACAAGUUUCUAAAGGAAUGCGCCGGGGAGCCGCUUUUCAUGCUGUUCUGUGCCAUCAAGCAGCAAAUGGAAAAAGGACCAAUCGAUGCCAUUACAGGAGAAGCCAGAUAUUCACUGAGUGAGGACAAGCUUAUCCGUCAGCAGAUAGAUUACAAAGUUCUAACACUGAGCUGCGUUUGCCCGGACAGCGAUAGCAGCACUGCUAUACCAGUGAAGGUUAUCAACUGUGACACUGUAACUCAAACCAAGGAUAAGCUCCUGGAUGCUGUCUACAAGGGAAUCCCUUAUACACAGAGACCAAAAGCUGAAGACAUGGACCUGGAAUGGCGCCAGGGUCGUAUAACGCGAAUCGUCUUACAGGAUGAGGAUGUCACAACCAAAAUAGAGUGUGAUUGGAAACGACUCAAUACGUUAGUUCACUACCAGGUUACUGAUGGCUCCACGGUGGCCCUUAUUCCAAAGCAGGUGUCUGCGUACAACAUCACCAACUCGUUCACAUUUACUCGUUCCCUUAGUCGAUAUGAGAGUCUUUUGCGCACAUCCAGCAGCCCAGACAGCCUGCGGUCUCGUGCCCCCAUGAUUACCCCUGACCAGGAGACGGGCACCAAACUGUGGCAUUUGGUAAAGAAUCAUGACCACACUGACCACAAGGAGGGGGACCGGGGUAGCAAGAUGGUUUCUGAGAUCUACUUGACCCGACUAUUAGCGACUAAAGGAACACUGCAGAAAUUUGUGGAUGACCUGUUUGAAACAGUGUUCAGCACAGCACACAGGGGCAGUGCCCUUCCGCUUGCUAUCAAAUACAUGUUCGACUUUCUUGAUGAGCAGGCAGAUCGUAGGCAGAUCACAGAUCCAGAUGUGCGGCACACUUGGAAGAGUAAUUGCCUCCCGUUGCGUUUCUGGGUGAAUGUUAUCAAGAAUCCGCAGUUUGUUUUUGACAUUCACAAGAACAGUAUCACAGAUGCCUGCCUUUCUGUGGUGGCACAGACUUUCAUGGACUCCUGCUCCACGUCUGAGCAUAGAUUGGGCAAGGAUUCCCCUAGCAACAAGCUGCUAUAUGCCAAGGACAUACCCAACUACAAGACCUGGGUAGAGAGAUAUUAUCGAGACAUCGGUAAGAUGCCAGCUAUCAGUGACCAAGACAUGGAUGCAUAUCUGGUGGAGCAAUCAAGACUGCACGCUAAUGAAUUCAACUCUCUGAGUGCACUCAGUGAGCUUUAUUUCUAUGUGAACAAAUAUCGAGAGGAGAUUCUCACAGCUCUGGACCGAGAUUCUUACUGCCGUAAACACAAACUGCGUCAAAAGAUGGAACAAGUUAUCAACAUGAUGUCAAGUAACAGCUGAGCCAAUUGCUCAUCCCCCUGUAUGCCCCAUACUGUCGUGUGGGAGGGACAAAAACAGGAGAUAACCAUAUGGGGAGAGAUUACUACCAGAUGGGUAAUGUGCAAAGCUAUGGCACUGCCGCAGAGACUCCACGGAGCCACCAAUGGGACGUGAUAUUUAUAUGACUCCUUAAUUUGUGCAGCCUUGGCACUGUGUGUCCAUUGGCAACCAGUUCCCCUGCCGACCUGCGUUCUGUGUCUGUGUGACGAGGUGCCCACGUUUCAGUGCCUUGUGCUUAGUAUGUAGGGGACGGCGCGGGAAAGCAGAGCUGUGUCAUGCCAUAUGUAGUUUACUCAUAUACCGAGGCAGUGUGUCCGUCAGUCUUUCAUGCUGAGUAUUCCAAGAAGGGCGGAACCAUUAGCACCUCCCUCUCCAGCUCUUUAAUCUCCUGAGCCAAUCAACAACCUUCUCUUCCCACCCCUUGGUGAUCCCACACCUGUCCAUGUUUUGGUAAUUACGUGAAGCCAUAUGACUCUGAGGGAUGCCCCACUAAUAAUCUCACUGCACUAUUUUAUCCCAAGUUUCCAAUGCUCCUGUGGACAUGCUGCUUCUGACAUCACUGCGCAUUAUGCGAUAUAUAAUGUCAUUAGAGGAGAAUGUGCUGCACAAGGAGCUGGGACUAUUUCCUGUCAUGUGAUGUAAGAUGAUAGGGUCCUGACUUUAGACAUUGUAGGUAGGAGGGACCCUUAUUUGUCCUGUGGUAAACUGGGUAUUUUUUAUUCAGAUUUUGUGCCAUGCAAUAUCAGUGCUAUUUUUUAUUUUAUUUUUUUGGGGUGGGAGGGUGGCAGUGUUUCCACGGUGACUGAGACUGAAACGACUGAGUUAUUGCAUCCCAUUACCAUCACUACAGAACAUACUGGGAACCAAAGGGAUACACUCAUUCCAGGCUGGUAUUUUAAUAUUUUUUUUUAUACAUAUAUAUAAAUAUAUAUAUAUAUUUAUUUAACUUAUUUGUGGAAUUGUUAAACCACUCACAGUCUGCAGAGUAAAUCAUACAGCUUCAUGUGUGUUUGUGUGUGUGUAAAUAUCUAUACAUAAUUUUAUACAUGGGCACCCUAAGCAAAAAGGAAUGCGGCUCACAAUAUAUUGGUCUGGUACUGCAAGUUCUCAUGUUUACACUCAGACAUAUACACAGACACACUCAUACUUGGAACACAUUGAUGCAGACACAUAACUACGCACACUUAUGAUGUGCCAAAAUAUAGUGAACACUGCAGCAAUAUAGGGGGGUCUAUAUUUGUAUGUGUGUGUAUGUAUAUAUGUAUUUUCUGCACAUUAAAUCCAUUAACCCCAUAGCUGCCUAAUUUCUGCCUAAAAUUUACUUGCAGUGACUUCUCUUUGCAGUCCUGGCUGCCCCUUAAGUUUGUUUUCUUUAUAUCUGUCCAGCUUUCAUGACCAGUAAUGUGAAAGGCUGUGACUUAUUGGGUGAGUGUAUUUACUCCCUGUCUGACCCUUGGGUUGGCAAUAAAGACAUAACUGCCUGACCACAACAUUCAUGGGCACAUACUUUGAGUGCUUUUCAUUUAUAGAUAUACCCACUGUAUAUCACCUAUCUAAGGCAUAUUUCAAUAUUUUAUGUGUACUCUACAAUUGGUGAGUCGUCUGCGGAUAUGUAUAUGUCAACACCUCAUUGGAGGAAACUUAAUGUGGGUGUACAUUUUUUGCAUGUGUACCUCAUCUGCUUAUACAUAAGUGGGGAUGGAUUCCUAUUGGUAACAUUUGGGGCACAUCCUAGUAAGUAACCAUCAAUUGAUCGCAUGUCCUGCAAGUGCACGUCAAAAUGUGACACAUCUGAGUGGGUGCACUUUAUUUUUGUUACAUAUCUUUGCAGGCACGCCUAAUUAAGAGACAUAUCCCUAAAGUUACACCAUAUUUUAAUCAUGUUUUCAUUGGAUAUUAGCGGACACAUCUUCACCUCUUUGUAGGCACACUAGAAUAUGAUCAAUUCAUUCCCAGAGUUGGGGAGCAUCGUGCCGUAGCCUCUCUAUUCAUUAGGGAACCCAUCUCAGAAAGUGCCCCCUCAACUGGGGACACAAACCAAAGCAUAUUAAGCAAUAAUGAAGCAGCUGUGUGUGUUAAGGCUUCACAGCCUGAAUUUUGACUCAUAGGGAAAGGGGGUAUGGAUGUCAUUACCAGCACUUAGCCCAGAGUGGAAUGGUAACAUAACUGCUGAUAUUCCUUAUUGCCAAACUGGAAACAUUCCAUAUCAAUGUCUUGCAGUGUUGUGGUGCACAUGGCCUGUUUAGUAUCCGUACACUUCACGCAUAAAAUAUGCUCUACAGUGUGACAAUGUGUAAAUGUUUUGAAAUAUAUGUAUCAUUUUGUACUGUGUGCCAGUCUCAUACAUAGCCUAUUCAUACUGCCCAUACAUUGUGAUUUGUCACUGCCAUAUGAAGCCCCCAAUCAUCCAAAGGGGUUCAACUCUCCAUCACAAAUGAAGGGGAUUUAGGUGCCUUAGAAAAAAAAAAAAGUUCCACCCCAUAUGAAACACUGAUGCAUAAAGGUGUCACUCAGAUAUGACGCGCAGGUAUCACAGUGAAAAUGACACGUGCAGGUAUCAGUAAAGAAAAAGUGACAAAAUCAAAUAUUCAUGAGACAUUAGUAAAGCUCUAAUGUAUGGCAGGGACUAUGGCAUGCAGGUAUCCCACUGAUGAUGAAAUAUGUGCAGGUAUCACAGUGAUAUUGUCACACUCAGGUGUCACAGUGGCAAUGAAACAUGCGCAGUUAUCACUGACAAUGAAGCGCGAGCAGGUAUCACAGUAUCUCAGCACUUUAUGUCCAAGGAUCCAAUACUGUGAGCAUGGCUUUUUAUUUUAUGAUGUUGUUUUCCUAAUAAAUGAUUUUAAAAACA